AUGGGCAACUCACCCGCGCCGCCUGUUACUUCAACUGAAGAGGUCCCAUCCUACCAAGAACUCUACGAAGAGCCUCCAACCCAUCCAGCUACCGGGGUAAUCUAUUCCUCCCGCCCAGAAAACAUUAGAACCUUUUUUCGCUCAUUCUUCUCUUCUGCGACCCAGUACUCGCGCAUUAUUCCGGAGGACAACGCUGAUGUCGAGUACAAUGCACACUCCCACGUCUCCCACUCAACCCCGAUUGCGCUAGUCGAGCGCAACCCUGGCAGAGACCAUACACACUGCGAGGUUUGCGAUAAGAUCAUGGAACGGACCCAUGCGCGACAGAACCGGGCGGCCAUAUGCAAGACGGUCUCCAAGACGUUUAUUAUUCUGGGACUGUGGCUGACGCUGUUUGGGAUCUUUGCCGUCAUUUUCAUCUAA